CUGCCUGGGAGCCACGUGAUCCAAACGGAUGAUGGCGGGCGAGGCAGAAGACAUGCGAGAGCUCUUCGGAGCUGCUGUUCGAGCGGCUCUAGAUGCUUGGCCUGCUUUGCAGAUCGCUGUGGAGAAUGGCUUCGGGGGCGUGCACAGCCAGGAGAAGGCCGAGUGGCUGGGGGGUGCAGUGGAGGAUUACUUCAUCGCCAAUGCUGACUUAGAGCUGGAAGAGGUGGAAGAUUUCCUUGGGGAGCUGAUGACCACUGAGUUUGAUACAGUUGUGGAAGAUGGGAGCUUGCCCCAGGUGAGUCAGCAGCUACAGACCAUGUUCUACCACUUCCAGAAGGGUGAUGGAGCUGCUCUGCAGGAGCUGACCUCUGAGAUCGACCAAAAGAAGUGCAAAGUCACUGCUACUCCAGGACAGACAGCCAGAGAAACUGAUGUGGAUGAAGAUGAAGUAGACAGUGUGGAAGAAAUGGAGGUGACAGCUACAAAUGAUGGGGCCACGAUGGAUGGGAUCUGCCCCCAGCCUCAACCGCCUGAGCCAGACUCCCAGACUAUUAAGGAAGAGGAUAUAGUGGAAGACGGUUGGACCAUUGUCCGGAGAAAGAAAUGAGUAGGGCAGUAAAUGGCUUGGGUAUUAUGAGAGAGUUAUAGGGGCUGUUUUGGAGGGUUAUACACCUCUAUCCUGAUAACCAUAAUCCUACCUUGUUCCCCUGUCCUUCCCUCCAGGGGAAGAAAAGCCUUGGUUGUGUUGAUGGGACCUAUUCCAGUCCCUUGAACCUUAAGGUACCAUAUGAGAGAUAAGACCAGGUUUCCCAGCACAGUGACUCGUAGGUGCUGUGAAUGUCAAGAUGGGUGAUGAGUAUGGCUGUGGUUGGAGUGGAAGCCAGACUUGUGGACAGUAGGCAGGUACAUUUGUGGAAAGGACGAGUAUCCACAGUGGGAGGCUGGCUGGAUUGGGAAUGGUAAGAUAAACAUAUGGCUGGAAGAGUAAGUGUGGCACCUCCCCAGUAUCCCCACCCCAGCCUCCCAUGGAGCAGCUCUUUACCCUGCCCAGAACUUGCAUCCUCCUGUGAAUGCUCCCAUCCUGAAUACUGUUGAGUUUGGAGGGCUUGACUAAGUGGUGAACUUGAGAAAGUUGGGCUGUUUUAAGUCCAGGGAUGAGGCUAAGACCUUAAUAACAUAACACCAUCUUGUUUAAUCCAUGACUUAACCUUGGAAUUGGUCUUCUGAGAGCUGAGCUUCAGAGUUCAGUGAGAGAAUAGUUUCUGCAUCCACCCCACCCCCAGUGACUUUGAACAAACGGAAGGACCAUAGCAGUGCUCUGAAAGUUACUGUAAGCCUGAAAUAAACUGUAUUUUUCUUUAAAAAACAGUAUCCAUUGUCCUCCCCCCCUCCCAUUCCCGUCCUGCCCAGUGGCCCUGCCAUGGGUCUGGACGAUAAAAUACUGGAUUGCUUUGGGGCUAGGUAGAAGCUAUAAGCCAUGGGAAAGGCAGGAAGGGCCUAGUCACCACCCCAUGUAAAGUCAUACAUGUGAAGACACUGGCUGAGGGGACAAGGGUAGGUUGGGGUUCCAGGGUCAGUAGCAGAGCUGGGACUUGAAUCCAGGUCUCCUGCCACUGGUACUUUUGGGGGGAACUGGGUGGAAGUAGGAUCUGGGGUAUUGGGAGGAAACAGCCUAAUUCAAGUGAGUCUAGCAAUUAGCUCCUGCCCUCCCUGGGGACAAGGAUUUAAAAAAUUAACAACAAUGUAGGAAUAGUUUUUUUAAAAGCCCACAUUUUGUGAAAAGAUGAAUUAAAAAACCCAAGACCCAGCAUUCGGGAUUGAAAGUGCCCGUGAUGGGAAUUCAAGUAUUGACUGCAUUGGGAGUGGGCUGGAGCCCCCAAUUGAACAUGGGCAU